GAUCCCACACCACCCACAUCGAUGCCGCCGCCAAUCCGCCAUGUGCUCCUGUCCAACGACGAUGGACCGCCGGACCCGAGCCGCUCGCCAUACAUCAAGCCGUUCGUCUUGGCUUUUGCGGAGCAUUUCGGAUGCAAGAUAACCGUAUGCAUUCCGGAUCGCCAGCGCUCGUGGGUCGGCAAGGGCAUCGAUGUGCAACAGUGCACCGUCACCGGAUCCUAUUACGAUCCUGUAACCGAGGCCGCGGUCUCGGAAGCCGCAGAGCCAUCCGAAUCCGAUAUGUGGACCCUGCUGAAUGCGACGCCGUCUGCAUGCGUCAACAUUGCCCUGACGCAUCUGGUCGACAGCAACGACAUCGAUCUGGUGAUAUCUGGUCCAAACUUUGGCCGCAACGCCUCGGUGGGCUCGACCUUGGCCUCUGGUACAAUCGGCGCUGCCCUCGACGGCGCUGGCUUUGGGAAACGAGCGAUUGCACUCAGCUUCUCAUACUACUCGCCGCCGGCCGAGAUCACCAAAUCAUCGAUCGAGAAUGCCUGUGCAUGGUCGAUCCAGAUCAUCGAGCAUCUGUGGGCAACCUGGGCCGACUCGGUAGAGGUGUACAACGUCAACAUCCCGUUGAUUGUGCCGUCCCAGCCCGGCAUGACGAUUCCCCGUAUCCACUACACCGACUUUCACGCCGAGGCAUUCCCGAUGUACAAGCGUGUUGCUGGCCCAUCGCUGUGCUUUGAGUUUGCGCCAGACUUGCCGGGUCAGAACGGAGUCUCGCAAGGCUCGGAUACUUGGGCGGUCAACCAGCAAUUGAUCAGCAUCACGCCAAUGAAGAGCAGAUACGAAUGUGUGCGCGAGGAGCUCGAGCGUCGCCGUCGUCCUGGGUAGUCUGUGGCUGCACCGACACGUAGAUACACACAAUCGACAUGCAGACAAGACCCGCCGUGCGAGCAGAUUGAGCGCGGCCGCGGCCGAAGGA